UUCUCCUUUAUUAAUAAACAUCUUCAAGUGCUAGCACUCCUUCUUGUGCUUCUUAUAGCACUAAAAAUGUUAUCUACUCAGGUAAUGAACCACCUGCAGGAAAACGGCCAAGAAUGCCACAGAAAUGCCAUUGUCUUCUUCCUUCAAAGGCCAUUUCUGUGUGUGCCAUUUGUCUUGCCACAAGAACAGAUUCCUUGCUGGGGCUUCAUAGCUGCCCUCCUCUCAUCAUCUCUAGAGAUAAUGGACUCAGGAGCUCACUUGCUGCUUUGCUCAGGUUCUCAUUUCAAUGUAUUUUACCAUCAAGUUGGGCAGAGAAAUUCCACACAAAAACCAGAUGCCUUUUUGCAUUCAUUUGUAUUUACUUUUCCCCAAAUAUGGCAUUUCUGAACAUCCUUUUGUUCUUUGCGUGCAUAUUUUUUCACAUCACAUCAUUUUCAAAAAUUUUACAGUGAAGAAGUUGGUGUCUUUUUGUUUUCUUGGUUUAAAGAGGAUAGUAUGCAAAUUGAACACUUAGUUGGAUCUUAUGUAUUUUCUGCGCUGAAUAUUGUGAAAUGUGACAAAAUGUGUCAUCUUUAUGCAGGAGACAUCCAGUUUUCGACUACGUCAUCUCCAAAGUUUGUAUGAGUUUGUAUCACAAGCAACAACUGAGCUAAUUUGGCUAAAUGAAAAGGAGGAGGAAGAGCUUGCCUACGACUGGAGUGACAACAACCCUAACCUGACAACAAAGAAGAGUUACUUCUCAGAGCUGACAGAGGAGCUGGAGGAGAAGCAGGACGUGUUCCGUGCUUUGCAAGAUUCUUCUGAGCUGCUCUCAUUGGAGAAUCACCCCGCCAAGCAAACAGUGGAGGCCUACAGUGCUGCAGUUCAGACGCAGUGGCACUGGAUCAAGCAGCUAUGCUUGUGUGUGGAUCAGCAUUUGAGGGAGAACACCGCCUACUUCCAGUUCUUUGGUGAUGCCCGGGAAUCUGAGAUGUUCUUGAAGAGCCUCCAGGACAACAUCAAAAGGAAGUAUUCUUGUGACCGCAAUACCAGCCUGACCCGCCUGGAGGACCUGCUCCAGGAUUCCAUGGCACAGGAUGAAAAGGAGCAGCUCAUCCAGUCCAAGAGCUCUGUGGGCAGCUUGGUGGGGAGGUCCAAAAGCAUCAUCCAAUUGAAGCCCCGAAACCCCGAGUGCCCUUUGAAGAACACCAUCUCCGUGAAGGCGGCUUGCGAUUACCGCCAAAUUGAGAUCACGAUCUGCCGCAACGAUGAGUGUGUGCUGAAAGACAACGCUCAGCGAACCAAAUGGAGAGUGAUCAGUCCCGCUGGGAAUGAGGCCACGGUGCCCUCUGUUUGCUUCUUGGUUCCCCCUCCCAACAGAGAGGCCAUCGAAAUGGCCAGCAGAGUGGAGCAGCUCUACCAGAAGGUGAUGUCUUUAUGGCACCAGCUGCAUGUCAACAUGAAAAGCCUGGUCUCCUGGAAUUAUUUGAGGAAGGAUAUCGCUUUGGUGCAGAGUUGGAACCUGGAGAAGCUGCGGGCUCUGGCCCCAGGAGAAUGCCACCACACCAUGAAGAACCUGCAGAUGCACUUUGAAGACUUCUUGGAGGACAGCCGAGACUCAGAGAUCUUCUCCCUGGCGGAUCGGCUGCACCUUGAGGAAGAAGUUGAUUCGUGCAAAGAGCAUUUUCAGCAGCUUUUGCAGUCCAUGGAAAACGAGGAUAAAGAUGAGACUGCUUCUCGGACUUACCUCUCUGAGCUCAAGAACAUCCGGCUUCACCUGGAGGAAUGUGAGCAGCGGCUGGUGGGCACCAUCCGGACACCAAGUAGCACCAGAACUGAUGGGGAUGCUCUGCAGGAAAAUACUUUUCGAAUGGCCGAGCAGGAGCGCCUGAAGGGAGAUUUGCACCACUUGAGAGUCGACCUGGAUCAACUGACUGAGAGAUGCCACAUUUUUCUGCACAAGUCUCCCACUGGGUCAAGCACCCCACAGCUUCAUUCUGAGCUGAACCUUCUGGUGGAAAAGAUGGAUCAGGUCUACGGACUCUCUGCAGUCUACCUGGACAAGCUAAAGAUGGUUGAUGUUAUCAUUCAGAAUACACAAGGAGCUGAACUCUUGGUCAAAGGCUAUGAGGUGAAAUUGAGUCAAGAGGAAGCUGUGCCUGCAGACGUCAUUGCCAUUCAGUCCCACCGGACCUCCUUGCAGCACUGGAUCAGUGAAGUGAACACCAAGAAGGCUGUCUUUGCAACCUUGGAGGAUGACUUGGCAAAAGCCAAGGGGGUAGCGGACCAGCUGUACCGCUUGAAGCAGGAGCGCAGCCUGGACCUGGAGCACUACCAGGAGAAGGGGGCUCAGCUGUGGGAUCGCUGGCAAAGAGUCAGCCUGCAGAUGGAGACACGAAAAUCUGAUCUGGAGAAUAUUGAGGAUGUUCUCAGGGAUUAUCGGAACUGUCAUGGGGCACUUGUCCGGUGGAUUGAGCAGACCACAGUCCAGCAGGAGCUGAUGAAGCCUGGACAAGCAGAGGACAGCCGGGUGCUCUCAGAGCAGCUCAGUCAACAGAUGGCACUGUUUGCUGAAAUAGAAGCAAAUCAAGCCAACCUGGACCAGUGUCAGAAGCUGUCGCAGCAAUAUUCAACUGCUGUCAAGGAGUAUGAGUUGCAGCUCAUGACCUAUCGGGCAUUUGUGGAAUCUCAGCAAAAAUCCCCCUUGAAGCGCCGGCGUGUCCUUUCCUCCUCCGAUGCCAUCACACAAGAGUUCAUGGAUUUACGGACACACUACACAGCCCUGGUCACAUUGACUACACAACAUGUGAAGUACAUCAGUGAUGCACUCCGGCGCCUGGAAGAGGAAGAAAAAGUUGUAGAGGAAGAGAAACAGGAACACAUGGACAAGGUGAAAGGACUCCUGGGCUGGGUCACAAGCUUCAAACAGAGCCCACCAUUCAGAAGCAUCUCACCCACAAAGAGGAAAAUGCUGGGAGAUAUUGAGAAGUCCAUUUUGGAGCAGCAGGGCUUGAAUGACGAAUUGGCUGCAAAGAAGGAAGAAGUGUCAGAAGCUAUAAAAACUACUCAAAUAUUUCUUGCAAAGCAUAACAACAAGCUUUCUGACCAGGAGAAGGUACAGAUUUCAGUCCACUUGGAUGCGCUCAAAGAAACGUAUGACCAGCUCUGCUGUGAUUCCACAGAACAGCUUCAGCAGUUGCAGAGACACAUGGCUCAGGAGAUGGCACAUAAGGGAAAUGAGGCUAUUGCUGGAGUUCUAGAUCUUUGCACAAUGGAAGUCUUCUCUAUUUUUGACGCCAUGCAAAAAGGUCUCCUAGACCAAGAAACAGGCCUUCUCCUCUUGGAAACUCAGGUGAUCACAACUGGUCUGAUGAUUCCCAAUGCCAGGGAAAAGCUCUCGCUGGCAGAAGGCCUAACAACAGACAUAAUGAAUGGCAAGAUCUACCAACAUUUAGAGGAAAUGCAGGAUGCUGUCCAGCUGGUCAAGAACAUCCAACUCAAAGGUAGCCCAUUUCAUCCUGUUGUUGCAGCCAUUGAAAAUGGAAUCAUCAGUGAAAAUACUGGAGUAAAAAUAGCACAAAUACAGCUUCUAACUGGAAGUUUUAUAGAUCCUUCUAGCCAUGAGCAAAUUGGUUUAGAAGAUGCUCUUCAAAAAGGCAUCAUUACCAAUCAUUUUCAUCAGAAGUUGGUGUCUAGUCUGAAAUAUUGUGAGGAGGCUUUGACUGACCCAAAUUCAGCUGAGAAAAUUAGCUUCAAUGACCUGAUGCAGCAGCGUGUCUCUCACCAGGAAACAGGACUGAAAUUGCUCCCAAUAAAACAGGUGUCAGGUGGGAUGGUGAGCGUCCAGUCAGGCCAAGAAGCAAGCAGCUUCUGUGCAGUUCAUGAAGGACGAGUAGAAAAGGAAAUGACAAUGGAAUCACCAGAAGCCCAUCUCUUUGCUGGUGACCUUGAGGACCCCAAAAGCGAUUGCCAAUUAACUGUGGAUGAAGCUGUAAGACAUAACUUAGUAAAACAAAAACUGGCUUGUGAUCUUCUGGUCAGACAACUGCAGACCGGGGGCAUCAUAGAUACCCUUACCGGAGAGAGAUGUUCACUGCAGAAAGCGAUAGAGGGAGGCCUGGUGACAUCAAGACUUGCAGUGAUGAUCCUGGAAUCCCUUCAUUCAUUUAUAGGACUUGUGAGGCCUGAGUCAGGAGAGAUCGUGCCUGUUAUCAAUUCUCUGGAGCAAGGUAUCCUAACUUCUGAGCUGGCUGAUAAAAUUUUAAGAGGCAGGCAAAACAUCAAAGCACUUUUUAAAGCUGAGACUAAUGAAAUAUUUUCAUGGAAGAAAGCUGCUGAUUGUGGAAUCCUGAAUAAAGAUGUUGCCAAAACAUUAAAAUCAACUUGCCUCCCUGACUUCAUUCCAGGGAUUCCCCUUUCUGGCCUCUCAAGCAGCUUCCAAAGGAGAAGUUCUUCCUAUGCUCAACCAGCAGAUCAUGGAGAACAAAACAAGGGUCCCUUAAGAAGCUGUGAAGAAAAGAUGUUGUUCUAUUUGAUGACUCACAGCUAUGUAAACAUCCACAAUGGUGAAAAAUUGCUUCUGGUAGAUGGAGAGUUAAAUAGCCUGUCCAAAAUCCUGGUGCCAGCAAAAGAAAAUGGCUCUAGCAUUGACCUCUUAGAAGUUAGCAAAAUGCAACCCAAAGAAUGGUGUGAGGCUGUUGGCAGGAAUGCCACAACUGAAGAAACUGGAUCCCACAAUGAAAUAAUUUUAGAGAAACUCUGGCUUAAUUCAUCUGCAUCAGAAAACAAGCAGGAACAAAAUCUGCAACCCCACAUUUCUCUACCUAGCAAAAGAAUUGAAUUGGAAAUUGGAGAUAUAAAUGAAUUUGUGAAUGUGAAGGAACAAGAAACUGGAGCUGAUCUUGCAGGAGACUUCAAAAGUGAGAUGGAUGACCACAGAAGAGAGCAAGGUUUGAUGAUGAUACAGAACAAGAGUCGGAUGGAGCUGCAAGAAUGCAAGUCCAAUUUUGAAACAGAAACUAGGAAUACAGAGGUUAAGUGGGAAGAUGACAAGCUUGAAAAACAACUAUCAGAAGAGGAAAAGAUGACAUUGAAAGAGCAAGAAAGAGAAAUGGGAAAAAAUGAUGUCAGACAAAGAGAUUUGAGUGCUGACAGUUUGGAAAAGAUGGAAGAAUCUCACAUUUUAGAAAAGGAAGUAGUAGCAGUAGAUAGGCCAGAGGCUACCAACUGGUCAAGCAUGGGAAAAGUGCAAAAUGGAUCAAGAGAUUGCCUUUUUAUUCAAGCCGAAGGGAAACCUGUAGAUGGACAUAUUAAAAGGGAGCAGUUGCCCACAGACAAAAGAGUUGUUCCUAUCUAUCAAAGUGCUAGUUCUGUAUUGCCAAAACUAUCUGCAGAAGACAGCACCCUGAACGUAUUGUUAAUGCAGCUGCAAGAAGGUGGCAUAAUUCAUGAACAGACAGGGAAGAAAAUGCUCCUGAAUGAGGCCAUUGCCUGCGGAGCUGUGCCCAGCCAUACAGCCAUUAAAGUGAUGGGUGAGAUGAAAAUGUUUAGCGGCUUCUUUGAUGCACAGACCUCUGAGUCAUUAACCAUGGAAGAAGUAAUCAGUGCAGGAUUGAUGGAUGAGAACCUUCUCCAAAAAGUAUUAGCUUCAGAUCAAGCUAUAAGUGGUAUUAUUGACCCAUGGAACAAAAGCAUUUACUCCAUCAAGGAGGCAUCUGAGUUUGGGCUAUUGGAUAAAGAAACUGCUACCAGAAUUCUGGAGGCACAAAUAGUUUCUGGAGGAAUUGUUGAUUUCAAACGUGGCAAAAAAAUGUCUGUCACUUUGGCUUCCAACCUUGGCCUGAUACACAAAUCCAGCCAAGAAAAUCUUAAGAAGCUGGAGAAAGCAUAUAAAGGCAAAUAUGCUGAAGUCACAGUGAAAGAAAAACUCAUUGCUCUGCAGGCUGAAAUAGGAGGCAUCUUGGAUCCUAAAACUAAUGAACCACUGACCAUUAUUCAGGCUGUAAAAAAGGGACAUCUGAGUGAGGAAAAGGCCUUUAGACUCCUAGCUAAGCAGAUCGCCAACGGAGGCAUCCUUCAUCACAAGACCGGCAUGAGACUUUGUGUAGAUGAUGCUCUGGAACAUGAAUUGAUUGAUGAAAACUUCUACCAAGAUCUCAAAAAGGCAGAAGACCUAUGCCUGCACCAUUCCAUUUAUCCUGAAAGGAACAAAAUUGUCUCCUUGCCUCAAGACAUAUCCUUUGGAUUAAUCAGUUCGGAUUUUCAAAGAAAAGUUCAAGAAAUACAAGCCUCAACUGGAAGCAUAUUUGAUCCUGGUUUUGGACAGAAGAUUACAUUGACUGAAGCUGUUAAGAAAGGAUUAAUAUCCAAAACAGUUAUGGAACAAGCAGCAAUCACUUCUGAAAUGAAGGAAGCUAUUCUUUAUCCAGGUAGCUGUAGAUUGGUCCCACAUUCAGAAUUGGUCAGAAGGAGCAAAAUUGACAUUGAGUCAGGGCAUAGAUACUUAGAAGUUAUUCCCUUUCAAGACAUAAAAGAUGAGGUGACUGGGAAUGUAUUGUUGUGUUCUCAGGCGGUUAAACUUGGCAAAGUAGACCCCAUGCUUGCUUUGAGGUUGCUGCAGGCUCAGGCAGACACAAGUGGCAUCCUGGAAACUUCUACUGGCCAAAGACUGUCCUUGGCAUCUGCACUGGAAAAAGAAGUUCUGGAUGAAGAUACAGUUAAAAUCAUUGCUAUUAAUCAGAUUUUGACUGGAGGGAUUGUUAGUGCUGAGAGUGGAAAGCGGGUAACCUUGAAAGAGGCCACUGAAAAAGGCUUAAUCACCCCCAAAUUAGCCAGUGCAAUUCAAGAACCUGAUCCAGUCACCAAUAAAUGUGGACAUGACUUAGAAGAACAUAAAGGCCCUGAGCCCCAAAGGUUGCUACAAAAUGAUGCCCCAAAGCCUGAAACAUUGGCCAUUCAUAAAUAUCCUAGUAGUGAAGAACAAAUUAUGCCAUCUGAAGCAACAUACUCUAAUACGUCUGCCAAAAUCGGCAUUACUUCAUUGAAAACAAGUGGGAAGAAGGAGAGAGAUGAAUCUAUUGCCCCUUCCCUUUCUACUGUCUCAACUGUGGACAGCUCAUUCAGUCCGUUUUUAGAGGAGAACAAACUGGCACCUGAGCUUGCCUUCAUGUUGGACCCAGUUGAAGACCUGAGAAUAAGGACCCAGAAAAAAAAUAGUAAAAAGAAAAAUAAGUUGAGGAAGAAAGAACUUUUUAAAGGAAAGCUAGAAAGACAAACAAGAAGUAAUCAAGAGGCUGAAAAGAUACUGGAAGAAACUUUCCCUGUGGACAGUAGCACAAUUUACGGAGACCAGGAGCAGAAAGAAAAAGUGUUUCAGCCAGAAGAAAGUGCUUGGGUAUCCCUUGGCCUUGAAAUAGCUAAUAGAACCCUGUACAUAGAAUCUGUAGAGGGGCAGAUAUCCAAAGAACACAGUUCUGUAAUUCAACAACAGAAAGAAGAUGAUGAUAUACAUUUUCAAGGCUCUACCAAGAUUGUAUCCAACAAGCAGGCUGAUAACAAAUUGCUUAAGGAUGCCAAAAUGGAGCUAUCAAAUCAAGGUUCAGAAUUAAAAACUCAUGAACUCAGCAAUUUGGAAAGUGUUGACUUAAAAACCAUUAAGAAAAAGAAAGAAAAAAAGAUUAAGAAACAAACGGCUCCCUCAUCAAAUUCCAGGGACACCACCAUGAGAAGAAGUAUUAAGGGGGAGUUAAUCCCUAGCACUGCAGAAUCCUUGCAGGAAAAUCCAUCUGGUGGAGUGACAAGCCCACUUAAACAAGGUGGAGUUAAAAGUCAAGACCAUCAAGCAGGCAGGAAAGAGAAGCAACAUGUUGGAGUUGAAGAGAGCAUUGUCCAAAAGAGAGAUGUACCAGAAGAGGUUUGUGUACAAAAGGCAAGACUUUACACAGAUUCUUUGACAGAUACCAUAGAAGGACCAAUAUUGCUUAAAAAAAAGGAAAAGUCUUUUAGUUCAGAAGAGCAGAUACCCAAGUAUACAGAAUCCUUGGGGUCUUCUGAGUCAAAAUCAGAAGCUUUUCAGAACAGAAAAAAAUUAGAGGGCAAGUUAAGUUCUUACUCCUCUGUGACAUCAUUCAUACAAAAAGAAGCUGGAGUCAAAGAAGCGCUUGGAAAAGAUGAAAACAUUGAUCAUAAAGAGCUGUCCAUGUCUUCAGAAGCAGAAGAGUUGAGGCAAGAAAGUGACAAUAUUGAACCAGAGGGACAAACACUACAAGACAAGGAGUUUCCAGAACGCAGAAAUGAUUUUUCUGAAAAGCUAUGCACGCAGCAGGAAUCAGAAGAAAUCAGAGAAGUCGUGAAUGUUGAUGAUUCUUCCUGCGUGGUUGAAAAUACAGAAGAGAAAUGUCAAGAUGCUUCCACAUCUACCAAGGCUCCAUUUAGCAAGUGGCUUUGCCUGAACUAUGAUGAAAGGCUGCUUGCGCUGCUCUCCAGAGUGCGGAGCAUUGAGAUGCGCAUGCAGAGGGUUCAGCUGGCGGAGCUGAACCUCCAAGCGCUGCAGGAGCUACUUCGCCAGGCUGAGGCCUUGGAUGGGGAACUGAAGGAUCUGUCAGCGCCUAUGAAUCAGGAGCUGGAAGCUGUGGAAGGGCUUGUGGCCAGCUCUCCUCAGGAGGUCCCGGAGCAAUUACUGAAGGCUUUGGAGAAGGAUGCCAAGACUCUUUUGAAGUCUUUUGGCUCCGUCCGUGAUGUCCUGACUUCUUGGCUGCUAAACCUUUGCACUGCAGCAGAAGCAGAAAAGGCUAAAAUCCAAAGUCAGCAGGCUGAACUCCAUGGCAAAUCGCAAGGGCUGCUGAAGUGGGUGGCAGACUCCACCCAGAAACUCGAUGUCCUUGAAUCCAAUGCUGGGAUGAAGGGCGGAAGCUGGACCCCCUACCUUCAGCGAUGCAAGGAACUGGCAAAGCCCAUCACAGAGACUAAAACUCAACUUGAUGAGAUGGCCUUGAAUAUCCAGUUCUUCAUUUCUGAGCACAUGCAAGACUUGAACACUGAGCAAAGCGGGCAGUUGCUGAGGCUGCUGAAUGACCUGCAGAGGACUUUUCGGGAGUUGUCCGAGAGAGUGACCGCCCACACUGAGGUCCUCCAGACACUGCAAGAACAACAAGCCAUACGAGACCACAAGCUGCAGGAGAUGUGCACCUGGAUGGAUCAGGCAGAGGCCCAGCUGCAGGGUUCCCAAGCAGCCACAGCAGGGGCAUCAGGGGAAGACCUCUCCGUCCUGGAACACAACCAGAAAGACGUGACCGACCUGCGUCGGAGCCUGCACAGCCGGACGGCUUCCUUCACAAGUGUCUUGAAGGCAACAGAGGACUUUCUGGAGGAGAACAGAAUCAACCUUCCCCUUGGAGAGCUGGAAUCCCUGCAAGAAAAGCUCCACCAGGCUCAGGGGCGGUACCUGUCUCUGCAGGAGAGGGUGGAGGCCGCCCAGAAGGAACUUGAAAGUGCUGUGAACUCUGUGAUGCAACAACAGACAGAAAAGGUUAGAGUUAUUAAAGACUUUGAAGAAAAUCGGAGUAAGAUUGAAUCCCUUCUACACUGGGUGGCAUCAGUGGAGAAGUCUAGAGGGGUCCCAGAAGAUAAAUUGUGGUCAGUGGGAAAAGAUGGUAGAAGACAUGGAGAUGGAAGAGUCCAAGAUGCUCCUGAUGGCCAUUUGUUGGAAAUGGUUGAAGAAAAUCUUGAUUUACACUACACGAGUUUGAAGGUCCAUCACCAAGAGCUUCUUUCUCACCAGCAAGAGGUCAUUCUAGCCACACAGUCAGCCCAGAGUUUCCUGGACAAACAAAACCACAAUCUUACACUGGAAGAGAAGCAGAAUCUGCAAAGAAGGCUAGAAGAGCUGAAGGACCAGUAUGCUGCUUCCCUGUCUCAGACAGAAGGGCACCUCAAACAAGCCCAGACGCUCUGUGAUGAGCUGCAGAAGUUUUUGCGGGACCACCAAGAGUUUGCAGCCUGGCUGGAACAGGCCGAGCAAGACUUGGAGAAGAUGUGUGCAGGGGACGGCAGCCUUGAGUCCCUUCAGCCUGUGCUCCUGCAGCAGAGUAGCUUCUCUGAAGAUGUAAUUUCCCACAAAGGGGACUUACGUUUUAUCACGAUGUCAGGGCACAAAGUGUGGGAUGCUGAGGAGGCUGUGGCUGCUGCAAGUGGAGGGGAGCCAUGCCCUGAGAUAUUAGCCACCAGCACAUUAGUGAAGAGCAAACUGGAAGACGCCAACAGGAGAUAUGGCACCCUCCACUCUAAGUGCUCUGCCCUUGGCCUCCACCUGAACCUCCUGCUGGAUCGCUCUCAGCAGUUCCAGGAUAUAGCAGAAUCUCUCCGGUCGUGGCUGCAAGAGAGUGAAGAGGCUGUGACCCGCCUCCUGCUGGAGCCCAUUUCCUCUGACCCAGACAUUUUGCAAAGGCAGCUGGCUAACGCCAAACACCUGCAGGAGGACCUUGCAGAGCAUCAGGUGCCUGUAGAAAAGCUCGAAAAAGCUGCUCAGUCCCUCCUGGAAAUACGGGAAACCCCAAUUCCUGACCACAGAGGCAUCCAGCAGACUACAGAUUCCAUUAUGAGCCGAUUCCAGAGCCUUUCGUGUCGGAUGGCUGAGCGCGCGGAUCUUUUGCAGAAGUCCAUUGCUCAAUCUCAGAGUGUCCAAGAGGCUUUGGAGAGCCUCCUUCAGUCCAUGGCUGAGAUUGAGGAAACUCUCAAACAGGAGGAUGUGUCUGCAUUCUCCUCCAUUUCCAUCCAGGAGGCCCUUGCUACAAACACAAAGCUCAAACAAGACAUUGCCAGGCAAAAGAGCAGUUUGGAAGCCACUCGUGAAAUGGUGACCCAGUUUAUGGAAACCGCUGACAGCACCGCUGCUGCCGCCCUCCAAAGCAAGCUGGCAGAGGUGAGCCAGCACUUCAGCCACCUGUGGCAGCAACAGCAAGAGAAGGAGGACACCUGGAAGAAGGUCCUCCCCCAGGUGGAACAGUACGAGCAGCUCUCAGAGAAGCUGAAGCAAUUCAUGGAGAUCCGAGGUCGGAUGCUGGCCUUGGGAAACCAACCUGAGCGGGACAUUACUCACUUCGCCCAGCAGAUCCAGGAACUGAAUUCAGAGAUGAAGCUGUGCCAUGAGGAUCUGGACAAACUGGAACAAUUAACCACAGAGUUAAGCUCUGGUGGGUUGGUGUGGACUGGCUUCUCCUCACACCAAGAGAAGGUGCGCAGUUUGCGGAAAGAGUUCACUCAGAUGCAGAAAGCCACAAAGGAAAGGAAAAAAGGAGCUUCGUCUUGUCAAGAACAGUUGGAUGUAUUCCGAAAACUGGUUGGAUCGCUCAGGCAGUGGCUGGAAGAAACAAAGAGGAAUAUCCCAGCUACUGAGACUUCUUUGGGCACACAUGAGUUGGAGAAGCGGAGACAGCAAACAGAGGUCUUUGUGGAAGAAUGGCUAGCAAAGGGGGUUCUUGUGGAGGAGAUGAACCAACGGGGCACAGCCUUACAGAAUUUAAUCAUUGAGAUUACAGCUCCAGAUGCACAAUUCAAGACAGGUCCUGUGCUCCCUGCUGGUGGUAGUUCAACAGGCAGUGUAAAUGGAUAUCACACCUGCAAAGAUCUGACAGAGAUCCAGUGUGAUAUGUCAGAUGUGAACCAGCAGUACGAAGGGCUGGGUGCUGCUUUACGGAGGCGUCUUGAGCAGCUCUCAGCCAUGUUGGACAAGAUGAGGGAGGCCCAAGAGGAGGUGAACUCUGUGCUGACAUGGUUGGAGGAGAAGGAGCAGGCUUUGAAAGCCCUGGAAGCUUCCUCAUCACCUACAAAAUCGGACACAAUGAGAGCUCAGGCAGAGCAUAAUAAGGCAUUUUUGGGUGAUUUGGAGCAGAAUGCCGUGAAGGUCCAGGCAGCCAAGGAAUCGCUCUCUGGACUCUUGGAGAAAUACCCGGACUCUCCAGAAGCAAGAAACUGGAAGAGGAUGUUGGAAGACUUAAAUUCCAGGUGGGCACAUGCCAAGCAGAUGACAGAGGAGCGCCAGCAGAAGCUAGAAAAAUCAGCCAAUGAACUGGCAAGUUUCCAGGAAGCAGAAGGCCAGCUGAGGCCCUGGCUGAUGGAGAAGGAGCUUAUGAUGAGUGUGCUGGGACCACUCUCCAUUGAUCCUAAUAUGCUGACUGCCCAAAAACAGCAGGUUCAGUUCAUGCUGAAGGAAUUUGAAGCUCGGAAGCACCAGUAUGACCAGCUGAAUGAUGCAGCCCGGGGAAUCCCCACCAGCCCUGGUGAAAAGUCUCCAUCCCACAGCCAUGUGCAGGAGGAGCUCCAGGCUAUCAACAGAAAGUGGACCAGCCUCAUGGAACGUCUCAACUCUCGUUCCAGUCAAAUCGACCAGGCUGUGGUCAAGAGCACCCAGUUCCAAGAGCUGCUCCAGGGAUUGUCUGAGAAAGUGAAAGCUGCUGGACAGCGCCUGAGCACCCAGCCUGCCAUCAGCACCCAACCAGAGGCUGUGAAGCAGCAGCUGGAGGAAACCAGUGAAAUCCGGUCUGAGCUGGAGCAGCUGGAAGAGGAGAUCACAGAGGCUCAAGCCCUGUGCGAGCAGCUCUCGGGUCUCAUUGGAGAGCAAUACCUUAAAGAUGAACUCAGGAAGCGCCUGGAAACUGUCGCCUUGCCUCUCAAGGGGCUAGAGGAUUUAGCAGGUGACCGACUGAAUCACUUGCAGACGGCACUCGCCAACUCCCAGCAAUUCCAGCAGAUGUUUGAUGAGCUCCACACUUGGCUAGAGGACAGGCUGAAGCAGCAGGCACAGAGUGGGCCAAUCUCAGCCAAGCUGGAGAGGCUGCAGUUUCAGAUUCAAGAGCAGGAAGAGUCCCAAAAGAGCCUAAACCAACAUAGUGGCUCCUAUGAAAUGAUCAUGGCAGAGGAGGAAUCUUUGCUCCUCUCUGCUCAACCUGGAGAAGAGAAGGCAACCUUGCAAAGCCAACUGGUUAGCUUGAAAGCAAACUGGGAGGAGCUGAGCAAACAAAUUGCCAGUCGGCACUCCAAACUUAAGGACUGCUUACAGAAGGCCCAGAAAUACCAGCGCCAUGUGGAAGACCUUUUCCCUUGGGUGGAGGAUUGUAGGUCAAAGAUGUCAGAGUUAGAAGUCACUCUGGAUCUCGUACAACUGGAAGCUGCUCUUCUAAGGUCAAAGGCCAUGUUGAGUGAUGUAGCAAAACGGCGCUCCCUUCUAGAGAUGCUGAAUAGUGCUGCUGACAUCCUUAUUGAUGCAUCAGAAAUAGAUGAAGAUGACAUUAGAGAUGAGAAAGCAGAGAUCAACCAGAAGAUGGAUGCUAUAACAGAGGAGCUCCAAGCCAAGACCGAGUCCCUUGAAGAGAUGUCUCAAAGGCUCAAGGAGUUCCAAGAAAGUUUUAGGAACAUUGAAAAGAAACUAGAAGGGACAAAACAUCAGCUGGAGAUCUAUGAAGCUCUUGGCCCUCAGGCCUGUAGUAGUAAAAAUUUGGAAAAACUGAGAGCUCAACAAGAGGCUCUUCAGACCCUGGAAGCCCAAGUGGAUUACCUCAGGAAUUUUACUCAGGGUCUCGUGGAAGAUACUCCAGAUGGAUCAGACUCUUCCCAUCUCUUACACCAAGCUGAAAUUGUCCAGCAAGAUUUCAAGGGGGUGAAGCAAAAAGUCAAUGAAUGUUGUAAAAUCAUGGAAAGCAAGCUUGAAGGAAUAGGACUAUUUAAUAAUCGUGUUCGGGAAAUGUUUUCUCAACUGACUGACCUAGAUGAUGAGUUGGAUAGCAUGGGCCCUGUUGGGAGGGACAUGGACAGCCUCCAGUCCCAAGCAGAUGAUGCCCAUGAAUUUUUGGGCAAACUUCAAUGUUUAAGAUUAGAUAUCCAAGUUUCUGAAGAGAAAUGUAGACAGAUGCUGGAUGAUGAAGGGAGUCCUGAUCUCAUAGGGCUGAAACGUGAACUAGAGACCUUAAAUAAGCAAUGCAUCAAAUUGACUGAAAGGGGGAAAAGCCGCCUGGAGCAGGUGGAUACCACGCUGGCUCGCGUCAAAGACUUUUACAACAAGCUGAAGGAGCUGAACUACAUGACCACUAUGGCAGAAGAGGGUGAAGCACUGCAGUGGGUAGUUGGGACUGAAGUGGAUGUAAUCAACCUGCAGCUGGCAGAUUUCAAGGUAAGAGCAUUUCCAUCCUAAAGGUCUCCCUUGUUCAUACUGUGUCCAGUCCCGAUUGUGUCUGUGACUUUUCUCAGGGGCCUACCGUCUUCCUGGAGAUUACCAGGAUACAUCAGUGACUGGGUGGUGAAAUAUGGCAGGAAAAAAAAUGGCUUGUGGCUUGUCAUUCGCCAGAGGUGAAUUUGCCUUUCAUAUCAGUAUUUACUUGGGUAGUUUUAGGAACAUUGUCCCCUCAGGGCGCAUUUGUUUAGAAUACUUGUGUUUGCGUACUUUUAUAUUAAGUUUGAUGUUUGACACAUUCCAUGUAAUAAAAGGAAAAUAAUUUACAUGUUUUUGUGAAAAAUAGUUACACCAAUACAUGUUUUGAAGAGAGGCAAAACAGCAUCACUUGCGGAUGCUGUAAUUUGUAAUCCUGCUGGGUGGAGGAUUGGGCUGGAUGGCUUCAGAAUCAUUCCUUCUGACCCUUGGACUCUGAUUUGAGUCAGAUUCUGGUCCAGAUUUCGGAGGCCUUUCUAGCUGCCUAUAAGGAACCUUGGGACACAGGGAUUCUAGGGGUUUCCUCGGGUUUUUCUAAGCGUUUCAACCUUUGUUUAGGCAAACCUUUCAGCCUAUUUCUUUUUUUAAAAUUCAAGGUUUUUUGUUUUUUAAUACAAAUUAUACAUAUUGUAGGAACAAAGCAUUGUCUGGAUCUUUUCUUUUACACCUUCCUUACAUAGUCCAUUUUACAUCAUAGUUUUGUUUUCACUUUCAGCCAAAUUAUUCUCUUCCAUUAUUUUUCAUC